CAACACCCAACUUUUGAAGCAUAUAUACACUUCACAAUGAAGAUCACAAUGCUAGCUUUCGUCCUUCUCUUCGCCUCGAUCUCAGAGCCAAUCCUCGGCGCAGUCCCCACCGGCUCAUGGCCAGAAGCUGUACUUGACACUUCAGGCAGGAAGCUCCGGGUUGGCACGAACUACUACAUUGUCCCAGACGGUCCUGCCCAGUACGGAGGUGGUCUUGAUCUUGCAAGCAUAGGAGAAAAAUGUCCUCUUGAUGUUGUGGCCGUGGAGGGUUAUCAAGGCCAAUCAUUGUCGUUUACUCCUGUCAAUACUAAUAAAAAAGGUGCCGUUUAUGUCUCUACUGACUUGAACAUUGAGUUCUCUAUUGCAGAAACUACUUGUCCUCAGUCCAUUGUGUGGAAGCUGGACGACUAUGAUUACUCCGUUGGACAGUGGUUCGUGACGACCGGUGGUGCUAUAGGCAAUCCUGGUCGACGCACAGUGAGGAAUUGGUUUAAGAUCGAGGAAUAUGAAGAUGCUUAUAAGCUGGUUUACUGUCCUGGUGUGUGCAGAUAUUGCAAGUUUCAGUGUAAGGAUAUUGGGUUAUAUGUUGAUAGUGAUGGAAACAAGCGUCUCGCUCUAAGUGAUACGCCUCUCAAAGUUCAAUUUCAACGAGAUUGAAAGCAACUAACUCCAAUAAUGGCCAAAGCUUUUUGAAUGUUAGGAGUAAUUUGUUUUGUGUGUAUGUGUUGUCCUUAAUGGGACAGUUUGUUUCCUUGGUUGUGUAUCACAGGGUUGCCUCUAAGUAUAGGUUUCCUUGUCUUCAAUAAAAUAAAGAAAUAAAUAAGCAAGUUUUUAUCCCUCA